AUGGACCAGCCUCUCACUGAACUCGCCGUCAAGCACGGCACGGACAAACAUAGAGAAGGCAAGGUGGCCAUCACUCGCCAGGGCACCACCAUGGAAGUCGGCGGACAUCUAUACGCACCGCACUACGACUUCCACUUUAGGCCCUUCCGGCACCGCGAGAUCAACGUCCUGGAGAUUGGCGUGGGCGGGUUCGAGGACCCUAAAGCCGGUGGCGAAUCGCUGCGCAUGUGGAAGGAGUACUUCCCCAAAGCGCAGAUUGUGAGCCUCGACUACUACGACAAGACGGGGCUGCAAGAGGACCGCAUACGCAUCUAUCGCGGCAGCCAAGACGACCCGGCUCUUCUGAAGAGAAUGCAUGAUGAGUGCGGCGGGUUCGACAUCAUUGUCGACGACGGGAGCCAUCGCUGCGACCACGUCAUUGCCUCGUUCAAGAUCCUGUUCCCGCUGUUGCGGAGCGGUGGCAUCUAUGCUGUGGAGGACCUGGAGACGUCGUACUGGAAGGUCACUGGUGGUUCGAGCACUGACCUGAAUGCGACGACAUCGUCCAUGGGGUUCUUCAAGAGUUUACUCGACGGGCUGAAUCACAAGGAGUUUGAGAUUUCUGGGUACCAGGCGACGUACUUUGAUAAGCAUAUUGUGUCAAUGACCUUUUACCACAACCUGGUUAUUGUAUACAAGGGCGAGAACGACGAAGAAAGCAAUGUGAUGGUGGGCAAUCAAAUGCCAGAGGCGUUGGCAGCUCUGUACCCAAAGUUUGACUGGUUGAACGCGACUUAA